GUAUAACAACAAUGUUGUUGUGACACACAGUAGCAGACGGGAGUGUUGCUGGGGAAUAACCUGCACUGCAGAAGAUCUCAGAAGAAUGAGGAUACUGAGCAUCCCCCUAUUGUGAGGCUUAUUUGGAGACAAGGGGUACACGACUGAGCUCAGCUGUUUUUUGUAAAGGGCAGCACCUUAAUGGACAUAUCUGGACCCAACACAUAGACAAGCAACAGGCAGCAGCCUCCCUACCCCAGGACUGGAUCUUUGUCGGAAGCACCGUAACACCAUUAAAGAUCUGUAUGCAGCUACACAAGCACAACCUGUUGCACUCAGCUGCUUGUCUGUUCUGUGUGCACAAUUAUUCCCAGAAUGUUCCAUAACCUGCCCUGAAUAUCCAAGGAGGCUCUUCUGCAUCUCUAGAUUCAUCGCACCGACUCAGCACAGUAGAGCCAGUUCUGCUGCACAUUCCAGACUGUCUGGGGAAUACCUAAUACAAGAUGGAAAUUGGCUUUUGGAUCCUCUUUCUUGGGCUGCUGGUGCUAAUGAGCGCUGAUGCUGAUGAACACUAUAAUAACGGUUGCCAAAAAAUGUCGAGAAAUUGCUGCGUUCUAUGUAAUCCCGGAUACCGACUUAAUAUGGUGACUGGGUGCGGCCAGUGUUAUCGUUGUCCCCAAGGAAGCUUUAUGGAAACAACUAACAACAAGUCCAGCUGUCAGAGAUGUAAAAUAUGUGAAAAUGUCUUCGAGUACAGUAGGAAGUGCACCCCCACCUCGAAUGCUGUAUGUAAAUGUACCAAAGGCAAAAUAUGUGUCGGGGAGAACUGUGAGAAGUGCGCCAUCUAUGAAUGCCCCGAUGGGCAAGAAAUUAGAGAGCAAAAAUGCACUGACUGUCCUAGUGGAACAUUCAAGCCUGGAGGGGAAAGCAAAUGCAAACCAUGGAAAAUCUGUCCCAUAGGAGUCAAGGUUGUGCUUAAUGGUACCCGCACCUCAGAUGUGAUUUGUGGAGACGCAGUGUCCCAUACUACAGAGCCAACAAGCACAACAUCUAAUAGAGUCACCCAGAGACCAAGAGUCGUGCCAGGAGACAAGAAAAUUGUAAAUGUGCAUUCUGUCCAUAAGAACAUCACUAAUGAAGAGCCAGGUCCAGGGCCCUCUGUGAAUGCAGUCGUGAUACAUGUACUAAUUUUUGGAGGCGUAAUAAUCUCGUUAGCCAUCUUGUUUUGUUCCUUACCAUAUAUAAAAAAAUGGAUCAAGAAAAUCAAACAGGAAUUCAAGAAAUUUCCUAUUCAGCCAGUAAAAACCCCCGAACAAGAGGACCCUUGCCCUUUCCCUGUGAAGGAGCAGGGAGAUGAUGAAGAAGAAGAACCAAUAUUCAGGGAACCGUGACACGUUCCUUAGCUUUCUGCUAACACCCCCACUCACCAAGAAAUGGUUUAACUUCAUGAUAUCACUUUAAAUAAGUGUCAAACUCUGCUGAAAGGCUGGUUAUUGGCACCAAGAAGAACUCUGCCGAGGAGACUGACAACCGACAUACCUUGGGCCCAUUCUGCUGUUCGGCUUUGUUUCAUGUUUUUUUAGAUUAAGGAAUUUAAAAAAUAUACUAAAUAGUUUUCUUAAAUAUUUCAUCUACUUUUAGCAACUUAUAUGACUUGCCAAUAACUAACGACAUUAUCAUAUUCUGUUUACAUUGAUUGAAUCCACCACUAAGGCUAAUGCACUAAGAAGUUAGUGAAUCAGUAGAUACUAGUCCAAGCAAGAAGAAGAUGGAUGCCAGUGGAAGCCCCAUCAGUAAUUCUAGAGAUGUAUUUCAUGAUCUGCAGGGAGUCACAGUGUGUGCUGAGACCUGGAAUGUAAAUGUUCAGAGAUUCUGUCAUUUUUGUACUGUAUAAAGACAGUUACAGACAUAAAGACUGUUACAUGUAAUGCUGAAAGUACACAAAAUACUAAAAUUUAGUGAUGUGUGGAUUUUUUCACCUGCCAUGGAUUUGUGGCAAAAUUCCGCAUUUUGCUAGCGCCAUUUGCAAAACGGAGGCAAAAAUUCACUGCAGAAAAAUUUGCCGUGGCAAAAAAUUUGCAGAGAAAAACACCCAUAAGAAAAAAACGCCCAUUGACUUUAAUGCAUUUGCAACAAGAAAUAUUGUUGCGGGAGUAAAAGAUUGUCACGCGUAAAAAAAUGUUGGCGUCCUUUUUUUUAAAGAGGAUUUCCUUUUUUUAAGCAGAAGAAACAUUAGAGUGAUCAUGUUAUGAAAUGCCUAUAUGCAUUUAAGUAUUAAAGGAUUAUUCAAAUUAAAUGAUGAAAGUGUGCAGGAGCAUGUCCCAGACUUACAGUUUAAGGAUAUACCGUUAUCUAUACCAAUGGAAAUCCAGUAGGCACUCGGAGAUCUUACAACAGGCGCCCAAAGAUUAAAGUGGAUACUAUUUGAAAAAAUGUAGGGCACACCAAUGCCUCUAUAUUUAUAUAUUUCCCCCCUGGUGUAGGCACCAAUGUUACCUCUAAAUUUGCCUUGGUAUUGCGGCCAAAAAACUGUUUUCUGUUACACUAUUAAAACUGUUCUUGUGGUCAAAAACAAACACAGGAAUGGGAUCCCUUAUCCGGAAACCUGGAUAUACGGGUGUACACAUACCAGCUCCUGUGGCCAGUUUAAAGAUAAAAUGUAUUCUGCAUUGUAUUGCAAGCGAUACGCCUCACUUUCUACAUUCUAUUAAUGUAUUUUAUGUAUCGUUCAGUUUAUUGUAUCUGAUUCCUGCUGAUUGCAGCAUAAUUUAUCAACUUUAUUCUUCUAUCGAGGUAAUAUUUACGGUAAUAUAUAAGUGCUGUCCUAUAUAAGUGCUGUCUUAGGCACUAUGGAUCUAUUUAACUGGGCAAGUUUGUAACUGAGUAGUAAAUAAAAGUAACCAAUCAGUGAUUACCUGUGGGGAGAAUAAUGAAGCAAUAAUCUGAUUGGUUACCAUUGGUUAUGCAAUGUUAGUAAAUAAUCCCAGUGGCCCAUUGCACAUACAGCCAAUAUCUGGAGCCAAUUUGAGAAUCCUCCAUCUGAAGGUCACAUGAGGCUAUAUACUGGGUCUAUGUAUAAAUAUAUCAAUUGAUGUUAUAAGAAGCUUUCAAAUACACUUAAUUUUUAUAUAAAUUUGAAGUAAAACAUACUGUUCUUUGUUUGGAGCAUGAUUUAUCUGUAUGUUUUUGUUUUGUAUUUCCUUCUAUAUUUCGUUUUUUCAUUUCCUACAUUUUUAUAGUAAAACAUCCCUGAACAGUUGAUGGCCCCAUAUAUAGUGAAGCAGGGAAUUGUUACUAAUGUGUGUUAGGUUCCUUGAGGGCUGGACAGCUUUAUUUAAGUUGUACUAGAUUAAUAUCUAUAGCGUUAUUCCCUUACUGUUAUAAUGUGGUCUUGACCCUUUCCUACAGUUUAUGCUCUUACACAAUCUUUAUAAACAACUCCUAAAUCUC